AUGGAAGAAGUCGAUGAUGACAAAACAGUUUAUAUGCAUGAGAUCAUAUUCUUGAAUGAAGACAAACUCACACCAAAGAACUAUAAAGGAGAGGAAGGCGUAUGCUACCUUGAUAAUGGAGCAAGUAACCAUAUGACCGGCAACGAACUAUACUUCUCGGAGCUCAACAAAAAUAUUAAAGGCAAGGUGAAGUUUGGAGAUGGAUCAUGUGUGAAGAUAGAAGGAACGAGAUCCAUUCUAUUUCAAAACAAAUCGGAUGAACAUACCCUUGUCAAAGACAUCUAUUACAUUCUCGAUCUCAAAAGCAACAUCUUUAGUUUAGAACAAGCUACUGAAGUCGGGUGUGAUGUUCGAAUGAAACAGGAUUAUCUGACCGUCCAUGAUCCAAACAACAGACUCCUAGUGAAAGUGGUGAAAUCACCUACUCGGCUGUACAAGAUCAAACUUCAGAUUGGUAAGCCCAUAUGUCUGUACUCGCAAAUAGAAGAUGGAACUUGGAAGUGGCAAGCAAGAUUUGGACAUAUAAACUUCAAGACGACCAAAUACAUGUCUCAAAAUAAGAUGGAAAAAGGAGAUGCAUUUGAGAAAUUCAGAGCACUUAAACACUUAGUCGAGAAGGACUUCGGAGAAGAAAUCAUCACACUUAGAAUGGACAGAGGAGAAGAGUUUACUUCCAAGGAAUUUCAUAAAUUCUGUGAAGCAAGUGGGAUCAGGAGACAGUUGACAGCACCUUACACACCGCAACAAAACGGUGUUGUUGAAAGAAGAAACAUAACUUUAAUGGAGAUGACGAGAAGCAUGCUCAAAGCCAAGAAAGUUUUAAAUUACUUAUGGGGUGAGGCAGUGCGACAUGCCACUUAUGUUAUUAACAGAAUCCCCAUAAGAGGUCUCAACAACAUGACACCUUAUGAAUGCUUCAGAGAGAAGAAACCAAAUGUGGAACAUCUAAAGGUUUUUGGAUGCAUGGCCUACUCGAAAAUCGACUCCGCAAACCUCAAAAAUCUAGAUGAUAGAUUACUAUCUCUAGUUCACCUUGAGAUCAAACCAGGUUCAAAAGCCUACAGUUUGUACAAUCCUUCAAAUCGAAAGAUAGUAGUAAGCUGUGACAUGGUGUUCAAUGAGAAAAUGAGGUGGAGCUGGAAGGAAACAACAUACAGACCAAGCAGGGAUCCAGGAAUGUUUCACAUGAGAAACGCUACUGAUGAUGCGGAAAAUCGGAAGAACGUCCCGCACACUUCCGGCCAGAUUCCUUUUGCCGGAAGACGCCUUAUAAUGGUCGAAGAAAACGGGGGACAACUUCCUCCAAUGACGAAGUUCUUCGCCGAGACGCAUAAAAAGCGGAACAUCGAAUUCACGGAUCCUCGGGCGGAGGAGAUCUACAACGCCGCCUGUGCGCAGUCGAGGAGCGGCAGACGCAACUGA